ACCGACGUGAGCCGCAUGACGGUCGCCGACUUGCGAGUGGAACUCAAGCGGCUCGGUCUCCCGCAGGCAGGCAAAAAGGCAGACUUGAUCAAGCGUCUUGCUGCUGCCGAAGCUGAAGCGAAAGUGGAAGGCGAAGUGGACGACGCGAACGCCGCCGAGCUUCGCGGCGCGCCUUCCCGAGAGGCUUCAGCGAAGCCUCAACCUGGUAUUUCUUUACAACCUGGUAUAAUUACCCAUCAUGAUGCACAUCCCAGCCCCGAUCCCUCCCCCAAAGCAAUCACACAAGCCGAGAAAUCACCCCUCUUGCCGCACGGGUCGUCAGUGCCUGUCGGGAAUGGCGACCAAAGCGACCCACCCGAGCCCGCCGACCCAGAACCCCCCACAGUCAUUCAAAAGUCUCCUUCACCGAUCCAAGAAAUAUCUAGUGGCUUGAAAAUUAAUGAAGUAGUGGAUGAUGGGCAAGAUGCUCCCGCGGUUCCAGAGCUCAUCAAUGACGUCAAGAGCCGGAAGCGGAGAUCGCGGAGUCCUCCUCAAUUUGACGACGAGAUUGCCCGAAAGAGAGCGCGCCAGAACGAGGACCAUGUCAAGGGUGAUCAGAACCUGAACGAAAUCUCAUCUCCCGGUCACGAAACGGCCGCUCUACUCGAAGAUCUCAAGGACGUGUCCUAUGCGAUCAUCCAAUCCGAGGUCCCGAAGAACCAGACUGAGCCUGGUGUCCAAUCUUCGCUCAUCCAUCCUGCCCAUAGUCCUCAGGAUGUGUCUGUUGAGGCUGAACCUGGUCAAUCCCAACAUUUUUCAUCAACGGAAAUGCACAUCCAAGAAGACACUGAUAUGACAGGGCAUGAGCAAACAUCAAACAGAAAGUCCUCUAUCGAUUCUCAAAAUGGCCACCAGGAGUCUCCUGUUGUGGAAGACAAAGAUGUUGAGCCAGCAGUUCAUCCGGCUACCUCUGCCAUAUACAUCAAAAACUUCAUGAGACCGCUCAAGGACAACGUACUCAAAGACUAUCUUGUUGAGCUUGCCACUUCGGCAGGCAGCGCAACGGACCCUGAGGCAGUUCAAGAGCAGUAUCUCGACCAAAUCCGCACCCAUGCAUAUGUAAAAUUUCGAAGCAUUGCCUGUGCUUCACGAGCGCGGGCCGGGUUGCACGGGAAAAUCUGGCCACCAGAGCGAAAUAGAAGAGAGCUUUGGGUCGAUUUCAUCCCGCCGGACAAGGUUCGCGAAUGGUCUGCAACCGAACUCGCAGAGGGAGGUCGCGGAAGCUUGAGCCGUUGGGAGGUCCGAUAUGAGCCCGAUACGGAAGGCCGAGUCAGAGCGAGACUGGUCAAUGCUGAGACCGAGCCCUUCCGCUACGUAUCCGCAAAACCACAGCCGUCUGUCCCGGCUGCAGUUAUUCCUUCUGGUCCGGCACGCCAGUUUCUUGGUGUGGAAGGAGCUCCCCUUGGCCCCCGCGGCAGAGGCAAUUAUCGCCAGGUGCCCUUCCCAAUUGGAGAUGGAGAUCACAUUAUCACAAAGACACAACCGCCUCUUGCCUACAAGCCCGUUCCGCAAGAGCUAGCACGCCGCCGCCUUGACAAUAUGCGAUCCUACUACACCAGAGACCGAAACCGGGAUAUAGGCCGCCCCGAUGAGAUCAAUAGAUACACUUUUGAGGACGUGGACGCUUUUGUGGACCGUGGAAAAGAAGUUUUUGUUGGUAUCCGACCGCCACAUCGUGGCGCUGAGCGACGUCAGGGAAAUUUUGGAGGA